AUGACUGAUCCUGAACAUCUUCAUUAUUUCCUUGGCCUGCACAUUCAGUAUACAUAUUCUGGUAUUUCUGUGACUCAGUCUAAAUACAUCAAGGAUGUUUUGUUUAAAGCCAACCUUUCUGAAUGGAAGCCUUGUGUCACUCAUUCUCAUCCUAAUCACAAGCUUCUUGGAGAUGGCAAUCUCUCAUUUUCUGAUCCUGCUCAUUAUCGAAGUCUGGUUGGUGCUUUGCAAUAUUUGACUUUCACAAGGCCUGACAUUGCCUAUUCCGUUAAUCAGGUUUGCCAAUUUAUGCACUCUCCUUUUGAGACUCAUUACCUUGUUGUGAAACGAAUUCUUAGGUAUCUUAAGGGUACCAUGCAUCAUGGAUUGACAUUGCGCAAGGGUUCUCUGGAUCUUCAUGCUUUCACCGAUGCCGAUUGGGCUGGUGAUCCCAAUGAUAGGCGCUCUACAACUGGUUAUGUUAUUUUCUUAGGCUCCAAUCUCGUUUCUUGA